CAUCGCCCCCUCCCUUUAUAUGCCCUCUCUAUCUUGUCACCACCGCCAAAUACAAACAAUACCACAUCAUUCCCGUUGUUCUUGUUGUUGUUGUUUUCGAGUUGUGUGCGAAGAUGACUAUGGUCGUCGGAGACUCGAAGGAGAUGGGUUUGGGUGGUGGCUUUGUGGUGCCAGAUACAAACUCAUUUGGACAAACCUUCAGGGACUAUGAUGCUGCAUCCGAGAGGCAGAAGUCAGUGGAAGAGUUUUACCGAGCGAACCAUAUCCAUCAAACCUAUGAUUUUGUGAAGAAAAUGAGAGAGGAGUAUGGCAAGUUGGAUAGGGUGGAGAUGAGCAUCUGGGAGUGCAUCGAGCUGCUCAACGAGUUCGUCGACGAGAGCGAUCCCGAUCUCGACGAGCCACAGAUCGAACACCUGUUGCAGACCGCUGAAGCCAUCAGGAAGGACUACCCUGACGAGGAUUGGCUUCACUUGACCGGCCUGAUUCAUGAUCUCGGCAAGGUGCUUCUCCACCCAAGCUUUGGCCAACUCCCGCAGUGGGCUGUCGUCGGUGACACAUUCCCUGUUGGCUGUGCUUUUGAUGAAUCCAAUGUUCAUUUCAAGCAUUUCAAGGAAAACCCAGACUACGACAAUCCUAAAUACAACACCAAGCUUGGAGUUUAUUCUGAAGGAUGUGGAUUGGAGAAUGUACUCAUGUCGUUUGGCCAUGAUGACUACAUGUAUCUGGUGGCUAAGGAGAACAACACUACUCUUCCUUCAGCUGCUUUGUUCGCCAUCCGAUACCACUCUUUCUACCCUCUGCACAAGCAUGGAGCCUAUCAGUACCUACUGAAUAAGGAAGACAGAGAGAAUCUGAAGUGGCUACAUAUAUUCAACAAAUAUGACCUGUACAGCAAGAGCAAAGUCAGAAUCGAUGUGGAGGAAGUGAAGCCAUACUACCUUUCCCUCAUCGAAAAGGUCAAAGUCUUGGAUUUCUUCUUUUCUCUCUGCUCACCGCUGUUACUAAGUAGCUACAGUUCCUGCUGCAGUACUUCCCAGCUAAGCUGAAGUGGUGAGGUCCCCUUGAGCAUGAUCCACUCCAUGGUCAUCGACUCUGAGGAGUCGAGGAGUUCCCAUUUUCUUGGAUUCAUCAAUGGUCAUCUCACACCGAGCCCCUCAACCUUUCUGUAUCUAUCUCCAUCAACCAUGUAUUGCACUCAUGAGUAAAUAAAGCACGUUCCAAAGAGCUUAGUUUC